AUGUCUCUGCUCCUCACGUCUCUGCUCCUCACGUCUCUGCUCCUCACGUCUCUGCUCCUCACGUCUCUGCUCCUCACGUCUCUGCUCCUCACGUCUCUGCUACUCACGUCUCUGCUCCUCACGUCUCUGCUCCUCACGUCUCUGCUCCUCACCUCUCUGCUCCUCACCUCUCUGCUCCUCACCUCUCUGCUCCUCACGUCUCUGCUCCUCACCUCUCUGCUCCUCACGUCUCUGCUCCUCACGUCUCUGCUCCUCACGUCUCUGCUCCUCACCUCUCUGCUCCUCACGUCUCUGCUCCUCACCUCUCUGCUCCUCACCUCUCUGCUCCUCACCUCUCUGCUCCUCACCUCUCUGCUCCUCACGUCUCUGCUCCUCACGUCUCUGCUCCUCACGUCUCUGCUCCUCACGUCUCUGCUCCUCACGUCUCUGCUCCUCACGGCGUCUCCAGCGUUGACAGAACUCAUCUCCCGCUCAGAGACAGCCAGAGCAGACAGCCAGAGCAGACAGCCAGAGCAGACAGCCAGAGCAGACAGCCAGAGCAGACAGCCAGAGCAGACAGCCAGAGCAGACAGCCAGAGCAGACAGCCAGAGCAGACAGCCAGAGCAGACAGCCAGAGCAGACAGCCAGAGCAGACAGCCAGAGCAGACAGCCAGAGCAGACAGCCAGAGCAGACAGCCAGAGCAGACAGCCAGAGCAGACAGCCAGAGCAGACAGCCAGAGCAGACAGCCAGAGCAGACAGCCAGAGCAGACAGCCAGAGCAGACAGCCAGAGCAGACAGCCAGAGCAGACAGCCAGAGCAGACAGCCAGAGCAGACAGCCAGAGCAGACAGCCAGAGCAGACAGCCAGAGCAGACAGCCAGAGCAGACAGCCAGAGCAGACAGCCAGAGCAGACAGCCAGAGCAGACAGCCAGAGCAGACAGCCAGAGCAGACAGCCAGAGCAGACAGCCAGAGCAGACAGCCAGAGCAGACAGCCAGAGCAGACAGCCAGAGCAGACAGCCAGAGCAGACAGCCAGAGCAGACAGCCAGAGCAGACAGCCAGAGCAGACAGCCAGAGCAGACAGCCAGAGCAGACAGCCAGAGCAGACAGCCAGAGCAGACAGCCAGAGCAGACAGCCAGAGCAGACAGCCAGAGCAGACAGCCACACUCUAA